AUUGCUAGAUUGCGACAUUAAUUGGAGACCAAAGCAUUUUAUUAUUGCGACAUACACAAUUUUUGCUCAACAUAUAUAUCUAUAUUUUUAUAUAGUUAAGUCAGAGUUUAAUUUUAAUUUAUUGCCACGAUGGACCUGAAAUGUGUAGUUUCUCUGAUCUGCGGAUUGGUGCUGGCAGUCGUGAUGCCUUGUGAAGGUUGGACUUCUACAACUUUCCCGACAACUUCCACUAGAUCUACAGCUACCCCGACAACCACUACAACAAGAUCUACAGCUACCCCAACAACCACUACAACAAGAUCUACAGCUACCCCAACAACCACUACAACAAGAUCUACAGCUACCCCAACAACCACUACAACAAGAUCUACAGCUACCCCAACAACCACUACAACAAGAUCUACAGCUACCCCAACAACCACUACAACAAGAUCUACAGCUACCCCAACAACCACUACAACAAGAUCUACAGCUACCCCAACAACCACUACAACAAGAUCUACAAGUACCCCGAGAGCUACAACGAGAACUACUGCUACAAAUACUCCAGCCUCGCCUUUAAACCAAAUCAAGAGCUUAGUGGACGCUGCUUUUAAAAGUUGCAACCAAACUUGUCCCUAUAAUUAUUUGACGCUAAUGGCUGCAGAUUCUAUUCAUGAAACAUGUGGUGUCUUGCAAACGUUUAUUAAUUGUUUGAAGCCUGUAUGUUAUCCUGGUAGUGUUUCUGAUAGCAUGAAAACCGCUUCUUCCAUUUGCGUUCCAAGUACAUCAACUUACACACCAUGGAGAAAUGAGACCACAGCUAGAUAUGAUACAACGAAAUCGGUAACAGAAGGAUCAUUAGUGAACCACAUUAAGACAAUUGUCGAAGCCGCCUAUAAGAGCUGUGUUACCUGUUACUCCAGUCACUUGGAUGUCCUAAACAAAGACUACAUUUACGAUGUGUGUGGUGCAUUUGAUAUUUUUGAUGGAUGUAUCAAGGCCUACUGCUACUAUGUCACCUUUUCUGAUAACAUAAAUGACGCAAGAGCCAAUUGUGACAGAAUUAGACAACCUUACCUCGACACUGGACUGUCCAGUGCUAUGUCUUGUCGAGGUCAUUGGAGGAUUUCUGCUCUUAUAUUUAUGGUCACUUUAUUUUUUAGAACUUUAUGAAAUGACUAAACAACAUUGAUCAAAGAAAAUGAAUACUUUAUUUGAUUUUUCAAAUAAUUAAAAAUAAUCUACUCAAUUGAAGCUACUGUCUUUCAGAAAAUGCCGAUUAAAAAAAAAGUU